AAACUUUUACAUUUUGAAUCUGCGUAUCUAAUUGAUUGAUUAACAUUCUUGCUGUUGAGGUCUUGCUUCUCUUAAACAAGACCAUUGCCACGGCCAGAGAUGUAAUUCGCUCACUUUCUACUGAUGGAACAAGAAGAGGCAGAUUGACAACAAAAUUGCAUUCGACUUCAUUCUCUGAAGAAUGACUGUAAGAUUAUCUUCUCCUUUAUAACUCAACAAGCAUUUGGAGAGUCCUCUCUUUCGAUUUUAAAUUUUGUUUUUUUGUUUCAUUCGCACGAUUUAGAGCUUUACAUUACUAAUUCCAAUAGUCUAUUGCAUCGCUAAUUGCAGAACGAUUAAGAGGUUCAAAUAACUAAUUUAGUCAGUCGGUAUCCGGUCUGUUGGUUUUAAGAUUUUCAAUUUUGGUCUUCUUAAUUAUGAGAAAAAAAAUUGAAAAGCCUAUUUAGAAAGCCCAAAUAUAUUGUCGAUAGAUAUUAAGCUCAUAUGAGUAGAUAACUUGCUCAAGAUUGUAAACUAAUUUGCAUAUUAAUAACUUUCCUUAUUAUUCGAAUCAAUUGCUUGCGUCGGUUGUUAUCAUAUUUAUUACAUUACUUGCGCAAGUUAAAAAGAUAUUAUAUGCAAAUCAAUUUAUGACAAUACACAAUUAAUAUAUUUCUUUAAACUAUUUCAAUCUUUAUUAGGGGUCAUUAAUAUUAUAAAUAAAAUGGCUUAAUAUAUAUAUGAGAAACCCGAAUGCUUAAGGUACAAACAUUUAGUUCUUACAACAACAAUGGCAAUGGUGCGUGCCAAAAAAAAUAUUGUUUCUUAUGUGCGAGAAUUAAAACCCCGUAAAGAUACGUCGCGUAUUGAAGUUAGGAUUGUUCGCUUGUGGAGAAAAUAUAACAAAGAAUCAGGAAACACCAUUGAAAUGGUGGUUGUUGAUAAAGAAGUAAGUAACUUUAUCAAUGCAUUUUUUGGAAGCAUCGUUUAUAUAAUUGUUCUGCAUAUACAAAACUUUCAUAAUUUUUUUUGUCCAGGGGACCAGAAUUCAUGCUUCAGUUGGUGAACAACUCAUCAAAAAAUUCGAUGACAAGCUACGCGAGGGAGAUGCGAUUGUCCUCCAGUUGUUCAAAGUGUACGAUGCUACUGGUGAAUACCGUACGACGCCACAUCCUUACAAAAUUGGCUUCUUUCACACAACAUUUGUUGGAAUAGCUGAUGAUUUUCCAACUGCAGUUCCCGAAAAGUAAUUCGCGGACUUCUCUGAUAUUCUUGGUGGAAAUCUGGAUCAUAGCUGUUUGGUUGACGUGGUUGGCCAAAUAGUUAACUUCGGGUCUCUGGAAAACAAAAUAAUAAAAGGAAAGGACAACAUGAGGCUCUUGGUUGAGUUGCGUGACCCAAAUAAUGUGAAGAUGAUGUGUACUCUGUGGGGUUGUUAUGCUAAACAAGUAUACGAUUACAAUAGGAGUAACAUGUCCACCAUGAUUAUUUGUGUGAUCAGAUUCUGUUCUGUUAAAGAGUGGAAAGGUAAAUUAUAUUCUUCCGGUUUGUGUAAAAUGUUACUGAGCAUAACAUAUUAAUAAGCUUAAUAUACUUUGUAGGUGCUUACUCCAUAUCUAGCGGGUAUAAUUCAACUCAUAUCCUGCUCAACCCAACACUCGAUUUUAUUGAGGGGUUCAAAGCAAGGUAUGUAUCCGAUGUUCACCAGAUGGAAACCUAUGGAGAAGUUCACUACAUAUAGAUGUUUGUUUUGAUUUUUGAACAUCGUUUUCACUGAAACGUUUUAACAUAAAGUGUGAUUAUUUUAUUUGGCAGUCUCCCUGAUGAUUCACUUGCUCUUACGAACAACGAUAGUAGCCAAUGGUCUGUUGGUACUGCUACUUCUAUUCGUGCCAGGUUUUUUGUUCUUAAUGAGAGGCUAACCAUCGGAGAGAUCAUUGAUAGCUCUGUGGUUGGCACUUUUGUUACUCUUGGGACCAUUAAAACAAUUGAUACUGAACGUGGCUGGCAAUAUCUAAGUUGCAAAUACCACAACAAAAAGUGAUGCCUACAACCAAUGUUGAUGCUGAUGACCGGCCCUUGUUCUUCUGCAAUACGUGUGACAAAGAACACAGUGAUGUUAUUUCCAGGUUCAAAUUAAUUGCCAAUGUCAAGGACGAUAGCGGUGAGGCUAAUUUUCUGUUGUUUGAUGCUAAUGCUCAAGCAAUUGUGCGUCAUUCUGCUGCUGAACUCUAUGACGAGAAUGAAGAUGAAGACUUCUUACCUGAAGCAGUGAGCGAUCUCUUUGGUAAGAGAGUCCUUUUUGAGAUUUCAGUUGACGCUGAUAACAUCAAAGGAAAGAGUUCUCAGUAUGUUGUUCGAUUGGCUACUGAUGACCGUGAAAUGGUUGAGGAAUUUGCUGAUUUGCCUCCUAAAUCUAACCGGUAAUUUUCCGCUUAUACAUGCGAUUAAUUUGAUUGUUAUAGGAGCAUAAUAGUGAUACGAUUAAAUAUUUUCUUGCAGGUACUAAUGUUGGAGUCCGCAGAUGAUAUUUCCUCUGGUUCUGUUGGUUUUACAGCAACUCCUUUGUCCAAAAGAAAAAGCGAACAAGAUGACGACAGUUGCCUUGAGGAUCAACACUCUGUUAACAAGAAACUCUCUCAAAAGAAACUCAAGGGCGGGUGAGCUGUCUCUUUUUGAUGAGUUGCUGUCCUUUAUAGUGUUAUGGCUUUGUUUUUGCUUCAUUUUUUAAAACUUUGUCUGAGUAUCUUUGUCUUUGGUUUUGUUUAAGAUUUUGGUCUGAUCAUCUUUGUUUUUUACUUUUAAUUGGAAUAAAAAUUUAUCAAGUUCCAAUAUAAACCAGACAACCUUUUCUUUGGUUGGCUCUGACUUUUGAUUUAGUAUUUAUGCCAAUCGGUAACGUUUUAGAAUCAUUACAUUGGUAAAAUUCCUUAUUCAGAGAGUUCUUUGGUUGGCUCUGGCAAUAGAUUUUGUAUUAAGCUCAAAUUGGCAUAAUUACAAAGUUAGCCCAUUUGAAAUACUGAAUAACAAAAAUAUGUAACCGAAAUUUUACUAAUCGUAACAUUAUUAUCAAACCAAUCCCCCUUAUUAGAAUUUUACUGGUAGUAAUACAGUCUCAGCCCAUUUGUAAUACCCAACUAAAAACCAAUUUAUUGUCCGAAUAAUAUUUAAGCCCAUAAUUUUGUAGCUGCUAUACUAUUAAAUACUUUUUGACCUUUUUUUUUAUAAACAGUAUUAGACUAUAUUUUUUAAUAUGAAAACUUCUUUGUAUAUUAAUUUGUUGAUUCUUUAACUAAACAUUUAUUUUGAAAAAUCAUGCAAAUAGAUCAUAGAUAUAAACCCAAGGUAGUGCAAACAAUGGGUUAUUUGUACAGGAAGUGAAAAUCGAAAAUUAUUAAAAAACUGGAGUUUAAUGCAUAACCUUUUUCAGAUAAAGGUUAUCGAGAUUAUUUUGGAAGAAAAUAAUUAUCAUAUUUAUAAUAAAAACAUACACGGAAAAUAUGAUUAAGUCGGUAUAAUGUACAAUUAUCUGAAAAGGUAAAUACAAUUAACAUAUUUAUAAUUUAUGUUUUCGAUAAGUAAUGUGAAAAGACACGACUCAUCGAGAGUCCCCUAGACAUUAUAAAGACAGCAGUGAAUAAUUGUAUACAAAAUCUUUCAUCUCACUUCUUCUCCGAUUGAGUCUCUCCAACUUUCGGUAAGUUUAUUUUCUUUCUCUUUAGUUUUUUCUUUCAAAUAUAUUGCAUGUAGAUCCAUCAGUUUUCUGUAUAAGCGGUUACCAAUUGAAUCAAGACUUUUUAGGUUUUGUAUCCGUCAUGCGUCUUUUUGUUCAAAAACCUGUCUAGGAUCUUGGUAAGCUUUUUUCUGUGAAAAUCAAUGAGUAUUUAGGAGAUCUUAUGUGUACAACUGCUUAUUAUUGAUCGUUGUAACUAUUUUUUCCGCUGGCAUAAUAUAACGUUUAUAACUAAUACUAUUUAUAAUAAGCAGAUCGACCAACAUCUGGCGAUGGCAUUCAAGAAGGACCUUAAACGCAAGUCUCCAAUGACUGAUGAUUACGGUACUUCUCUUGAAGAGGCAUUCAAAAAUGGAAUGGAGGGGACGACUGCGCAUUACCAAGCCAUUCUCUUUAUGUACAAGCAAGUACAUGAUGCGCUCAUCAAGAAGCAUGCUGAAGAACUUGAAGUCGCUCGCGUACAAGGUAAACUGGAACUCUUUGACGAACUCUUCAACAUGUCUGCAUUGAGCAAAGAGAAAGAGAAGAUAGAGUCGGAACUCGUGCUUGCAGAGGCCAAGGCGGCUGAUGUGAAGGUUCCUUACAUUGAUUGGUACAAGUUGAAUGAGCCACAGAUGUUUGAUUAACCUUGUUUGCUUCAAGUUAAAACGUUUAAUCUUUUUUAUAUUUUGGUGUUGUAUUAUGGAACAUAUUUUCUGGUUUUUAAAACCAGUUUUCCAGCAAAAUUUGGUCGGUUAUUAAACUAUUUGAAGUUUGUUAUAUUAUAAUCUGCCUUUAUAUUAGCCUAUCUCAAUUUAUUUCUUAUUUUUAUAAUUGGCUUUCAUGUUCCAAUUACACAUUCGUUUGAUUCAGUUGCUUUAGUUACAAAAUAUAAAUUUCUGUAUAUAAGACUUUCGAAGAGGAAGUAGGUUUUUUGAACUGGAAGAGGAAGUAGGUUAUACCUAUAGUGGUGGGGUAAGUUGUUCAUAGAUUUGUCUAAAUCACAUUAGUCAAGGUAGCGUGAGUAUGUCAAAGACAAUAUCGCAUCAUGUUUGGAUUCUUGAGAUCUUAAAAUACCAAUGGAAACUGAUUUAAUAAAAUUUAAGAAGGAAAUGUACUGACAAAAUAAUAGGUUGGCAGAGUUUAUAUCUUUAAUUUAACUACAUGUCUUUUCGUAUCGGAUUUGUGAAGUUAAAUAUAUUUGAUCGAGGUAUGGAAAUGAUGAUAUUUUUUGAAAUCUUUAUAAUUUAAUUUAUUGACAUGCGUGCAAGAUUAUAAAUAUAUUUUAUAAAUAUCUAAUUAUUCGACAUAUAUUUAAACAUGAUAGAAUCUACUUUUCGGAAAGGAAGGCAAUAUUUUAAAUGACGAUCUACAUUGCGAUCCAUAUAUUAGUUCAAAAUCUAUUGCUUUCUGUUUUUUUCGGACUAUAUAUUUUUAUAAGGUAAUAUAUAUACAUUGGAAACCUUUAUAGUUUCAAUGAUAUAAAUGUUUAAUAAAUAUUUGGAAAUGAAUCUAAAGGGUUUAUCAUUUAUAGGGCAAUCGGAAAGGCAUUUUUCUAGAACCCAUCUUUCUAUAUAAACUGUUGACUGACGCCUAUUUUAUCAAACCUAAUUUCAGUCAUCUUCGCCGACAUUGUCUCUACAAUUCUUUCCCUCAAAAGAAAUCUUUUGUAAGCUUUCAUUUUCUUUAUUUCUUAGCAACACAUGUAUAUCAUUACUCAGUUUUUUGAUUAUCGAAUCAUGGUUUUUUAUUUCAAUUUGACGUAAUAUAAUGUGGGGAGUUUUCAAUACAUGUGGAUCAUCUUUGUAGGGAAAUAUAAGGUGUCAUUGGAAUAGUUAAAAAGGUUUUGUAAGAUCUCUAUAGUAUCAUGUAUUGUUUAAUUUUGAGAAUCUAACUAAAUAUAUAUAUUUCAUUGUGGAUCGCUUUGUCUCUAUGUUUGAUCUGAAUUGUAAAUAGUUAAAUUAUGUUAUAAUUUGUGUUGCUUAUAUAAUCUUUAGUUGAUUUAUUUUGAGGAUCAAAAUAAAUAGAUAUAUUUCAGUACUGUUAGUCGCUUUGUCUCUAUGUUUGAUCUGAAUUAGCAAUAGUAUAAUUUUGUUUUUAAUUGUGUUGCUUACAUAAACGACGUAUAUGUUAAUCAAUAUUUCUUUGCUCCACAUGCAAGGCAAGAUCUCGCAAUGGCAUUCAACAGAGAUCUAAAGCUCAAAAAACCGAUCGUUGAAGAUUACAGUUAUUCUCUCGAAGAGGCUUUCAACAAGGGAAAGAAUGAGACUAGGGACCGUUACCGAGCCAUGAUCUUUAUGUAUCAGAACCAAUUGGAAGCCAUCACAGCCAAGCAUGAUGAAGAGCGUGAAGUCUAUCACGUGCAAGGUAAAUUAGAGUUACUCAAGGAACUCUUCAAGAAAGAUGCAAGGAGGAAGGAGAAGAAUAAACUAAAGACUGAACUGGUGCUCGCAAAGGAGAAGAUGGAUGGGGUUAAGAUUCCUUACGUUGAUUGGUUCAAGAUGGAUGAGCCACAAAUGUUUGACUGAUGUCUCUGUUUUAACAAUCUCCAAGUUUGCAAUGUUUUAGUUUUUGUGUUGUUUCGGCUACCAAUAUCGGAAUCUAUCUUCUGGUUUUACAAACCAGUUUAAUAACAUGUUAUUUUCAAUAGUUUCAACGUAUUGUACUGAAUUGAUGAACUGCUUUUAUAUUAGCCUGGAUCAUUGCAUUAUAGGGGGAUUGAUUGUUGAACAAUGCGUUUAAAUGAUUUAUACACAAUCUUUGCUGAGCUUGUGUGUUCAGUCAGUGUAGUUUCGAUCUACUUGAAGAGUAUUUUGUGAUAUGAAUUUGGUUGAAAUCGUGAAAAAAAGUUAUGAUUUUGUUCAUCAUUUGGCCUUAACUUGACACGCGAUUAUGAAAAGAACCCUUUUAAAUAUAAAACCAGUUCACUGAAUAAACAUAUUUAAACCCUUUUAAAUAUUUUUUUUAAGCCAUUACUAUUAGAUUUAGAUUUUCGUAAUUAUAAAACGACACAUACUAAAUAUUACUUGAAAUGGGAGAUUUGCAUAUAUCGUUUUACAGAUAUUGGGUUUAACUGAUUUUUAAAUUUUAACGCAGCCUAUAUGUAAAAUUGCCCUAUAUUUAACCUAAAAAUUGUCAAAUAUGUCCUUCAUGCUAAUUUUGUUAAAUACUUCGGUUUGGGUUUAGUGUUUGCGGCUUCGGUUUUAAGUCUAAGAUGCCGGUUUAUUGCAUAUGAUUUGUGAUUAAGGUCAAGGAGCAAUACAAGUAUAUUGGGAAAUCGUAUUUCAAAUUAACGGUUUCGGUUUAUGGUCUAGAAUUUGAAUAGAAAGUAUGCGGUUAGGAGUUAAGGUAUAGGACUUUGGUUUAGGGUUUAGGGUUUGAAUUUCAGGUGUACAGUACAGGGUCCAGGGAUAUAUAUUUAGGAUUUUAAUUUUACGGUUUGGAUUUAGGGUAUAGGACUUCAUUUUUGGGUUAAAGAGUUUCUUCAGUUAGAGUUGAGAAAUAUAUGACAUUUAUUUCGUCCCAUCAUUUUUCUGUGAAAUAAUGAUGGCAUGAACAUAAGAAAUACUAAUUAACUAUUUCGUAUCACCAAGAGAGCACAAACAUUCAAUGUGCAAAACCGAUAAUAAAAUACCAUUGAUUUAAACAUGUUAUUAUACAAUAUGACAUUGAGUCCUGAUUAUAAAUAAACCCAGAACCGACUAUUAUCCAAAUGAAACCAACCUUGUUUUAUGAAUUUAAACAUGUAGAAAACCAUAAUGGAACUGAUCCCCCGUUAUUAGGCUUUUAUAUGCAUUAAUACAGUCAAAGCCCAUUUAAAAAGUCGAUCUGAAAACAUAGUUAAGCCCAAAUAUAAAGAAGACGGAUUUCAAAACUCGAAACCCUAAAUUGAGCGACGUGUUUAGUAGGUCUCUAUAAAUCUGCUACCAAAAAUUACAAUCAUAGCGUCUGAACAUUCUCCCCUUUCAAUGAAGCCGCUCAAAUAUAAUUGGUCAAUUCCUACCCAGGUAUUAGCGAGCUACUAAACUAAAUUUUUUUGCAAUACAAAUUUGUUCAGCAUAAAAGAUAAUUUUUAUGAUCCUAUAGGAAUUAUGCACUUUUGAUCCUGAAAAAUCUCCAUUGGAUUCCUAUGGCUAUGUAAGUUUUUUUACACAUAAAAUAUUUUGUUUCUAUUAUACGUUUGGAGUACUUACAAGUCAUAAUUUGAUGUUUGUUAUGUGACAGUGUUACGAAAAAGUUGACAAUCAUACAGACAAUAAAGUCAUUAAGAGGCAUCAGUUUCACAUUAUGAUGCGCUUUACACACGGAAACCAACAUUCAGCCAAUAUCCACGAUGAACCAGAUAAAUCCAAGUUUAUGGAUUCGAUGGAGACUAACAAACAAAUACGUAAAGGAGUAAAUCUAAAGUCUUUGAUUAGAAAGUGUUGUGCUGUUCGUAACUUUGUUUGGGAUCCAUUGACUAAAACAUGGUCAUCUAAAUUUGAGAUUUGAAGUUACUAUAUGUUUUUUUCGUAUUUAACUCUUAAUUAUUGGAUUUGGUUUUAGUAAUUACUUCGUUGGGUUUUUUUUAAUUUUAAUAUUAAAAAUCUUCAUUUGUCGUAUAUAAGUUUCUCUGAUAUAUUUAUCCAUUACUGUUACUAUGAAUGCAGCCGUCGUAAUAUUAUGCUUAUAUUAUAUAUAUUAAUUUGAAGCAUAAUAAUAUCUUAAAUAUUGAAGUGAUUAGGCGGCUAAAUAUCAAAAUUAGUAAAACCAACUUUUAAAAGAAAUAAAAAAUCAGUUACCUUAAUAUCAGAAAUAUUAUAGGUAACAUGCAUGAAGCCGUUCUAAUAUUAAAUUUAUAAAGUAUAACCUAGGAACUGAUUUAACUUGACCAAUACGUAAUUCAUAUUGAUAUCUUUCUUAAAACUGUAUAUCACACACUUGCCGAAUUAAUAAUUAAAUGUGUUUAUAUUACAUCAGAUGUCGAUCAUCGUAGAUAUUUGGUCGGUAACUUUCUUAAUUAGAUUUGGUAACAAAUUUAAGAUUCCCAGUAAAUAUGAGUAGAGGAUAUACGCGUAAUAAUUUUGUAGAUCUUUGAAAGUGGAUGUUCCUAGACGGACACACCAUUUAUUAAAAAACGUUUAUAUAAGAUUAAAAUAACGAUAAUGAGACUGAGGUUAUUUGGAAUUGAUAUUAUAUAAAAAUACAAGCAAAACAUACAAAAUAGCAACGUACGAAACUGAACGAAAUAGAUAAAUCACAUAUGUAAAAAACAUAAGUUAUUUUACAUGCGUGCUUAGAUAAUACAUCUCCACAACUCUGCUUGUUUCAGUCUUGAUUCAUAGCAAACUGAACAAAUUGAGUAAGCCUUUUGGAGUAGUAACAAUGCUUGCAUACUUCAGCCAUGUUAUCGGGAUGGCACUCAGUCCAUGGCUCAAGGUUCACCAUAGCUGUAUAGUAGCGGGUCUCCAUAAUUGCAGGGAUUGUACUUAGAGUUUUCUUGACUCUUUUCCAGCAAUAAUCGGAGGUUGAUAGAUUUUCUUUCCAUUGGAGUUUAUCCAGAUACUUCUUACCUUUUGGAUAGUGUUCUAAUGCAAGCAAUAACAAACCGUAAAGAUAAGUACCGUUUCUAUACUCACCAAUGGAUGCUUGGCGUAGAUGAUAGAGGCCUUUGCGUUUUUCUUUGUGGACGAAAUAUUGAAGUAUGCCCUCAAUAUAGUGUGCCUCAGGGUUAUCGUUCUCCAAGCAUAGUUCCUUGAAUCUGUUGUGCUUGGUGAGCAUUUCGAAAGGUUCGGCAGCAAAAUAUGACAAGGAAAUGUUUCUGAAAUAGAUGGUGGGAUCGGAGAUGGAGUGGUCGUCGUUUGAAUUAGAGGAAUCACCGAUGUAAACAAUUUCAUAAUUGUUCACCGAUUUUUCUUCUCCCAUAUUCACAUAAUUGUCUGUAUUUUGUUUGAUAUUUUAAGUUUUGUGAAAGUUGUUUCUACUCUCAGUCGAUGAUGAGAAUGCGGAUAGGUAAUGUUCGAUGUUGUAGGAGGAUACUUAUAAAGAUGGUGGUGGGAAAAUGAUGUGAUUGUACAUGAUGAAAAUGCUGUGUAAGUGCUAGAAGUAUGUGCUAAAAAGGUCAAGAGACAACACAUGCAUUGAUAAAAGGCUGUGGUUCAUGAAGAGUUGUCACGUACUCAGAAAAGUUGGUCAUUGCUUUAUUUGCAUGCUUAUUGAUAUUACCAAUUGAAGUGACAAUUAAACAACUAUAUAGACUGGAUUUUUAAAGCUUUCUCAACAAAAACUUAUAAAAGUAAAACUAUAACUUGACCAACUUUCAUUUCCUUAUUAGUAUGUAUUUGAAUAGAAUAGUUUCUCAAACAAUAGACCACUUAAACUUAUGGUAAUAAUAUAUCCGAUAUGUAUUAGUUUAGGAAAUGCAUUAAAUCAAUUGAAUAAGUUCAUCCGAGAUUUCUUCAUUCUUAAAAGAUAAUAAAAGUUAGAAGUUUACUUGACCAGUACUCAUGUCCUUAUUCAUACGAAUAAGAAUAUUUUGUUGUUCAAACAAGAAUAAUAAAAUCAGUUUUACUUAAGUGGUUGGAUUUUCUAAUUUGACGCUAGGUUUUUCAUAUGCUCCUAUAAAUAAAACUAACCUUUACUCGACAUGCUAUAUCGUAUUGAGUACAAAGAGGUUACAAUCUCCACUCUAUAUCUUCUCUGUUAUUAUGUUGUUAGUAUGUUAUACAAAUCGAUCUAAGUAGUUUUUAUAUAGGUCUUUGUCAAAACAUAGUAUUCUUGAAGCAAUGUUAACCAUGAAGAGAACAAUUUCUGAAAUUAUUGAAGCACCAACGGUAAAUAUUUUGGGAAUUAUCAUAUGAAAGCGUUUUUUUUUUCUGAAAGAGGAAGACAAAUAUGAUUUAACUACAAAUUUAUUGUCAUUUAAAUGCUUCAAAUUAGGCUGGAACUUAUAUGGUUGUUGCAAAAAUUGAGGCCAUUGAUUUGGAUAAACCAUGGUACUACACUGCCUGCAAUUUUUGCAAAAGAAAAAUGGCCAGACAAGGAGAUGGUUUUGAGGGAAACGUGCAACAUCUUCAACAUAAUCCUAUAUACAACUGCAAAACAUGCAACAAGGAUUUUGAACAUGCUAUUCACUGGUAUGGCCGUUUAUAAAGAUUUAUCUUGCUGCCUUUGUAAUAAAUCAGUAUUAUAUGUUUGUAUACUAAUUUAAAUAGUGUAUUUUUUUAGUUACUACUUGGUUGUACGUGUCUCUGAUGACUCAAAGGGAGAAGUCAAGUUUUUGCUUUUCAGCAAUAUUGCGGAGAGGCUCAUUAGGAGACCUGCGUUUGAGUUAGUCCAAGAGGCUGGUCAGGUAUUUUCUUCGUUUUCAAGAUAAGGGGAACUAAGGAAAUUGCAUUUAUAUAUAUUCUUUGGAAGAUGUAUUAUUGUUUUACAGAAAAAUCCACAUUUUCUACCUCAGUCUCUAACUGAUUUGAUUGGGAGAAAACUUCUAUUUAAGAUUACUAUCGCAAGUAAUGGUCAACAAGAACAUAAUGCAGCAUAUGUUGUUGAUUUAGUGAUUGACAAUGCAGAAAUAAUUCAACACUUCGAUCCACAUGUAACAAUCAUAAUAGUGAUAAAUCAAAAUUAAUUGUGACGAGUAUAAGUUCUAACGAUUUUUUUUUUUGCAGCCACAUUUUGUGAUUUUUAAUGAUUAUGAGUCGGACGAGGACUGAUGCUAAUCCUUUCUUAAGGAACUAAGUUGAAGUCCAAUAUGGCCGUCAAAGUGCAAGAGUUUAAGAAUUAAUCUUUUUUUCUGUUCAUCAAAUUUCAUAAUGUUUUCCGUUGUCUCUCUUUUGGCUUUUGUAUUUAGGAGAAUUAAUUAUGAGGUGUUAUUUGGUUCGUUAUAUAUAACAACUCCUUUAAUCUAUUUAUUUUUCCACAUUACAGCAAAAUUAUUGUUUUAAACUUUAAAAGUGCGGAACUUAUCACUAGAAGAUAGUAUAGAACUAUAUAUUCGACAUUUCAAACAUAAGGUUGUUAUAUAUAUGUUAAAGUUCCAAAAAAGCAUAAUUAAUAAACGAAUAAAGUAAAAGAAGGUAAUAUAUUGAAUUAAAUUGUCAUAAAUAGUUUACCAAUAAAUAUCAUAUUCACUUGCGCAAGGAAUACAUACAUGGUAAGAAUUUGAUAAGGUAACUUUAUUUGGCAACAAAGGAUUAUACGUAUAUUUUGAAGAUGAUAUAACCUAAUGGUCAUGUAUCGAUUUCAAUUAUAUUUUGCUGAAGAGGUCGGCUUCUGAACUUUAUAUCUUCGACUUUCUUUCAAAUUAUAUAAGUUUAUUCAAGCCUGUAUUAUAAUUGCAUACGAUUCAAUCUAUACGUAGUGUUUUGGUGUUACUGAAAAACAAGCAUUCGAUUUUGAGUGGGAAGCAUGAAGAGAAAUAAUCCACUGUCUACAUACACGGAGAAUAAACCACAGAAGAAAAAAAAACAGUGUAUGUUCUACAUAAAAUAAAUAAAAACAUUUAUAAAUGUUGAAUUUUCCUACUACUGAAUACAAAGAAUGAUACGUUAUCAGUAACGUUUUUGUGGAACAUACACUGUUUUUUUUUUCUUCUGUAGUUUAUUCACAGACUUAGUUUGUUGACGCAGGUACCAAUGACAAAGAGAAUACUCCAAUGGGGAAUAUAACACAAAACUCAUCUAUCACUAACGUUUCACCUCUGCCCAGUAUAAUCCUUUUAGGACGCCCUUGCAGAAUGUUACGAAUCAAGUAUUUCGACCCAUUAUUCCAGUUCCACCAGAGUCAAAUCCGUAAAAAAAGUUGAAAAUACAUCGACACAUACUGUCCCAUUAAGUUGUGUGUUUUCAAAGUUUUAAAGAUGGACUAACACAUCAAGCUGGAGCUGCGCGAAAGGAAAUACUGAAUAACAAAAGAACAAUAGGGAUUCCUACCUCAAAUAGAGGUUAGUCUCGUAACGCUUUCAUUAUCCCCACGUUUAUUCUUAUUACUGUAUUGAUUAAAAAAAUUUCUGAAAAAUUCAUUUUCAUUACAUUGUACAGUUACCAGGAUUUUCAAGCCAACCAAGACAUCCGUUGUACCACCUCUAGGUAUAAGUUUCUGUUCAAAGGAAGAGUUAGAAGACUUUUUAAAGAAUGAGUAAUGAUGGAACCUUUUCUGAAAAUUAGCUUAUGAAUUCUAUUUAUGUCUGUAGGUCCCUAUAAUUCAACGCAAAGUUCACCUACUCUUGCAAAUUUGAGUGUUUCUGGAAUCAACAUGCACCCAUCGAGUAAUAGCAUUGUUUAUUAAUUACUGCUUAUUAUAUAAGUAGUGCUUAUAUAGUAUGAUCGUAUACAAAUAGUUAAUAAAAUAGUAAUAAAUUAAUAGUUUAGCACAAGUUACGUAUAAUUAAAAAUUAUCAUUCCUUAAGGUACUAUUGGUUAUCAAGAAACUAUAUCCCGGAGUACCUUGAGGAAACGAAAGACAAUUGGAUCACCUCCAUCGGUGAAUUCAAAGACAAGACAUAAGGAAGGUAACAACGGGUUUUAAAUAAUGUUUUGUCGUUAUUAUAAGUUCUAUGCUACUAUUUCAAAAGUGCGACUAAACUUAAACAAAUUUAUACAGCAAGACAAGGUCCCAACAUGACACGCCAUAGUAUCCCGACUGGUCCAGCAGUGUCUGUAGAAGAUGCACCUCGUGAAGGUAAUUUUUUAGAUAUUUGUAAUCGUACUAAUAUGAUGUAUACUGAAAGGUAAAAAUUAAUAUUAUACCUAUUUCAUGAAUUUAUUUACGCUAGACCUUUGAUUAUAUGUUUAAAUAAAUCUUUUUCAGCUACUCAAAGUCCAUUCCAACAAACCAAAACCAAUGAAUUCAUUCCUCCACCAAGGUUCAUCGUCGAGGAUCAUCCUGAAGGUAAAAUGUAUAUUCCAUCUAUACAUAUACAAAACGUUUUAUUUAUGGAUCAUAUAUUUUGACUUUGUAGUACACUUUUUCACGCAGCUUACAAUAAUCGAUAUGCAAUGGAAAGUGAGUCUGAAAAUGAAAAUGAUAAUGAAGAUGAGGAGAAUCAGACUUACACUACCUAUCCUCCUGGAGAGACUUUGAUAAACACAUCACCACAACAUAUCCCACAAGAAACUAAUAAUACAGUUACUUCGCCUAUUGUCAUUGGGAUACAAAAAAACGGUGAUGACCUGAAAAUUACUACAAUGUUUCUUACAAAUAAAUAACCUCGAUAUUAGUUUUUUUUAAUGAAGAUAUUUGACGAAACACAGGUUACUACGACGACAGAGAUCCAGGUUGGAAUUGUAAGUUUUGUCAAGCAUAUAUGUGGUAUGGUGAAAGAAUUGGAAAACGCCGGCGUAGUGCCAAUCCUGUAUUCACAAUGUGUUGUAAACAUGGUAAAGUUGUACUUCCUCGGCUCGCGAAUCCUCCAGUGGAGUUAAUGACUUUGUUAUGCAAAGGAGACGAGUUAAGCAAACAUUAUCGAGAGUUCAUAUUACAAUAUGAUGUUCUCUUUCACAUCUCUUGGGGGGAAGAUAGAUCAUUCUAUUAACAAUGGUCGUGGACCAUUUGUUUUCCGAAUGUACGGUGAGAACUAUCAUCGUAUUGGUGAUAUAGUUCCCGAGCCUGGACAAGCUCCAAAAUUUUCCCAGCUCUAUAUCAUUGACACUUUAAAUGAGAUCAAAAAUAGACUUGACGCUUAUGCCGGGUAAUUUACUUCAUUAUAUGAAGUUAAUAUGAUUAUAUUGUUCGCUUUGUAGUAUGGUCGACGUUUUGUUAACUUAUAUUAGGAUUUUUUUAAACUUUGCAGGUCUGACAGAGCUGCUGCUAAGAAACUAAGAGAACCACUUGUUCUUCUUCUGAAGAAUAUGUUAGAUCAGUGUAACCCUCAUGUCAAGGCUUUUAGGUCUGCAAGAGACAGAUUCGACGUGGAAGGAUCAACAGGUUAUAGGAUGAGAUUGAUUGAAAGUCGACAAUCUGAUGGACGGACCCAUAAUCUGCCGACUGCAAAUGAAGUUGCUGCUUUGAUACCUGGAGAUUUUGUUUUAAAUAUGGAGACACGAGAUAUUUUUCUAGAGAGUACAAGUGGAAAGUUGCAAAGGAUAAGUGAAUUACAUCCGGCGUAUUUGCCUCUGCAAUAUCCACUAUUGUUUCCAUAUGGAGAGGAUGGCUUUCGAUUAAAUAUUCCUAUUGGUUUUGAAGACAGCACUGCGAGAAAACGCAAGAAUGUAACUAUGCGUGAGUACUUUGCAUUUCGGAUUUUAGAGAGGAGGUGGGAAGCACCUACAAUUACAAGAUCAGGCAGAUUGUUUCAUCAGUUCCUUGUGGACGCUUACACAAUGAUAGAAUCGAGUAGACUACGUUACUUGUUGCUGAAUCAGGAAAAGCUCCGGUCAAGUAGUUACGCUGCAAUCCAGAAAGCAGCUACAAGAGCUGGAGCUAAGAUGGCGGAACAAAGGAGCCGAAUUUUCAUUCCAGCAACUUUCACCGGGGAAAAAAGGUAUAUGAAGCAGCACUACUAUGAUGCCAUGGCUCUGUGCAAAUACCAUGGAUUUCCCGACAUUUUCAUCACUUUUACGUGUAAUCCAAAAUGGCCUGAAGUUACAAGGUAUCUGAAAAAAUAUAACCUGACCACCGAAGACAGGCCAGAAAUAUUGUGUAGAGUUUUCAAGAUGAAACUCGAUAAUCUUAUCGGCGAAUUGACUAAAAAGAACGGCUCCUUAUUCGGUCAUGUUGCUGCAGGUAAAUCUCUUUUACAUGUUACUUAUAUUAAUUGUUUAAUCAAAACAACUAAUGUAGAUAGCUGUUUUGUUUGUUAAAAUUGACUAACUAUUUUAUUUUUUAUUUUGUCAGUAAUGUACACGAUUGAGUUUCAAAAAAGAGGAAUGCCACACGCUCAUAUUCUUGUCUUCAUGGAAAAAUGAUCAAAAUUUCCAACAGCCGAUGAUAUAGAUAAGAUUAUUUCCGCUGAAAUACCAGACAAGACAGUAGAUCCAGACCUGUAUGUGAUCGUUGGGGAUUGUAUGAUGCAUGGUCCUUGCGGUGCAGCAAAGAAGGAUAAUGUAUGUAUGGUUAACGGUAAAUGUUCUAAGAUGUUUCCGAAACCUCUCAACAUCAGGACAUCGAUUGACGCAAAUGGAUUUCCAGCUUACAUGCGUCGGAUUGAUGGUAGGUUCAUUGAGAAAAAUGGAAUCAGAUUAGACAAUGGAUUUGUUGUACCAUACAACAGAGACCUCAUGCUUCGAUAUCGCGCCCAUAUGAAUGUAGAGUGGUGCGUCCAAACACGAGCUGUUAAGUAUCUUUUCAAAUAUAUUCAUAAGGGACCUGAUUAUGCCUCAGCUGCAAUGGAUAAAGAAGAUGAAGAUGGCGUCAUUGACGAAAUCAAAACAUAUUACGACUGCAGGUAUUAUUAUAUUUAUACCAAUUCGUGUUACUAUUUAGAAAGUACUAUAUUCUAUAAAUUUAUAACAAUAUAUUAAAAAUUCAGUAGAAACUCUAUAAGCUAUUCAUUAAUUAUAGAAGAUCAAUAAAUUAAUACUAAUUAGAAUAUUGAACUUUAUACAUUAACUUAAUUUCUCCAAUCCAAGUUUGCGCAAGUAAUCCGCUAUUAAAAAAAUAUAAUACGAAAAAAUUCUAAGAUAAUACAAAAUUUGUAUUGUACUCUAUGUCUCUUCAAAGGAAACGAAAUUACAUCAAUAAUCUAUUACUAUUAGUACAAAUAUAUAUGUAUAAACUUUAAAAAAUAUCAAAUAUCAUAGAUGAAAUUUAUAUAACUCAUUUGUUAUAAAUAAAAUAAAUACAUUAUUAACAAAUAGAGUUUAUCUAUCUUUUACAUUUUCUGGCCAAGGUUCAUCUUUACUCAUUUAUGUUUUCGUGUUUCUUAAUUAGAUAUAUUACUGCAUGCGAGUCGUCUUGGCGGAUUCUUGCUUUUCCUACACAUUUUCGUACUACUUCUGUAGAGAAACUUGGCUUUCAUCUUCCGGAUCAGGAACUGGUAUUUUUUGAUGAAGACGAACCUAUUGAGAGUAUUCUCAACAAAAAGACUGUCAACCAAACCAUGUUUUUGGCCUGGUUCAUAGCAAACAGAAAAUAUGCAGAGGCAAGAGAGUUGACAUAUGCGGAAUUUCCAACAAAAUUCGUUUGGAAAUCAGGUACGAGAGAAUGGGUACCACAGAAACGAGGCUUUGCGAUAGGGAGGAUUGCGCAUAUUCAGCCAUCAGGUGAUGAGCUAUAUUUCUUAAGAGUAUUGCUAAACUGGGUAAGAGGGCCGACAUCAUACGAGGAUAUAAGAACAGUUGAUGGUGUUUUAUAUCAUACAUACGAAGAUGCUUGCUAUGCGUUGGGAUUGAUGGAUGAUGACAAGGAAUUCAUAGAAGCUAUCAAAGAUGCCAGUGACUGUAGUUCUGCGACGUAUGCAAGGAAGCUUUUUGCGAGAAUGUUGGUUUCCAAAUCGUUGUCUCAGCCUCAUGUAGUGUGGGAAGCUACUUGGGAGUAUCUUACCGACGAUAUUCUUUACAAGAAGCGGCGAGAAACUGGAAGACCUGGUGAGUUUUGUCCAAUUAAAUUUUCUUAUUGUAAGAAUGUCUAUGUUAAUUUAAUAGAAUUAUCAAACUUACAGAUAUGAACUUGACCAUAGAGCAGAUUAAAAAUAUUGCUCUUAUUGAGAUCGAAAAUCAUUUGCUCAGCAAUGGUCGUAGCCUCAAGAAAUGGCCCCACAUGCCAAAGCCAGAAAAUUUAGGAGAUUACAACGGCAAUCGCCGUAUAGAUGAUGAGCUUAAUUAUGUUGUGGAAGAUCAGCUAAAGGAAAAUGAAAGACUUAUGGCGAUGAUAACAGAUGAGCAAAGAGGGGUAUACGAACAGAUUCUGGAUGCAGUUUUAAAUGAUAGCGGUGGAGUGUUCUUUCUUUAUGGUUAUGGAGGCACAUGAAAAACCUUCGUAUACAGAGCACUCUCGUCAGCUAUCCGAUCUAAAGGUAUGAUUGUUCUAAAUACCGCAUCAAGUGGAAUUGCAGCAUUGUUGUUGGAAGGAGGUAGAACCGCACAUUCCAGAUUUGGUAUUCCGAUAGAUGCAGACGAAUUCAGCACUUGCAAGAAAAUGGAGCCAGGAUCAGAUCGUGCAGAAUUAGUUAAAGCGGCAAAGUUAAUUGUAUGGGAUGAGGCGCCUAUGAUGAGCAGACACUGUUUCGAAACGUUGGAUCGCACUAUGCGUGAUAUUAUAAGAUUUUGUGAAGAAAAACCUUUUGGGGGUAAAGUUGUUGUUUUCGGUGGAGAUUUCAGACAGAUUUUACCGGUUAUACCUGGAGGUGGUAGAGCAGAGACUGUUUUGGCGGCUCUGAAUUCGUCAUAUCUUUGGGAGCACUGCAAAGUUCUGAAGCUAACAAAAAACAUGAGAUUGCUGGCUGGUCUUACUGAUGAUGCAGCAAAAGAGCUUGAAUCCUUCUCAACCUGGAUUUUGGAUAUAUGAGAUGGAAAAAUAAAUUUACCUAACGACGGUCAAGUUGAGAUUGACAUCCCUUCUGAUUUGCUGAUACAAAAUAGUGGAGAAGACCCUAUUGAGACUAUGGCAAAAGAGGUUUAUGGACAAGCUUUUCAAACUUCAACAGAUAAGGAUUUGUAUACACAUCGAGCCAUUCUUACUCCCACAAAUGAUGAAAAGGAUAAAAUAAAUGACUACAUGCUUUCGCAGUUGCCAGGUAACAUGUUUUAUCAUUUAUUCUUAUGUUCAACUAACUAUGUACAUAUCACUAAACAAACGGAUUUACAUAUGCUUUUAGGAGAAGAGAAGGUUUACCUUAGCUCUGACAGUAUUAUCCCAUCUGAUGUUGACAUAGAAGAAAAUGUCGUAUAUCCUGCAGAGUUUUUGAACAGUGUUAAAGUGGCUGGACUGCCUAGACAUUGCUUGAAGCUCAAGGUUGGUGCUCCUAUCAUGUGUCUUCGUAACAUGGAUGUUGCAGAUGGUUUAUGUAAUGGUACUAGGCUAAUUGUUACUCAGUUACUGCCCCAUGUGAUAGAAGGUAGAAUUAUAACCGGAAACAAAAUUGCUGCACAUCCGGUUUGGAUCCCUAGAAUGUUUGUCACACCACCUGACACCAAGCUCCCCUUCAGAAUGCAUCGAAGACAGUUUCCAGUUACUUUGGCUUUCGCGAUGAUCAUCAACAAAAGUUAAAGUCAAACACUGGAAAGUGUUGGGUUGUUUCUGCCUAGGCCAGUGUUCUCUCAUGGUCAGCUCUACGUUGCACUUUCAAGAGUUAAGCCGAGAUCUGAAUUGAAAAUCCUAAUAACUGGUAAAGAAGGGAAAACGCAGACAAAAACGUUGAAUGUUGUCUACAAAGAAGUUUUUCAGAAUAUUUCAUAGUCACGGUAUGUAAUUUUAAUCUACUUUCUUUUCAAAUACAAAAUUUCAAGUAUAUAGUCUGUUACAAUUAUUUACUUUUUGUAUUUUCCAGAUGGGUAGUGAUGGGUUAGGAACUGAUUGUAUUCAGGAGCAUCCCGUUUUCUGACUAUUUUGAUGAAAGUAUGUCUACUUUAAUAUUAUUUCAUGUUAACUUUUAUUUUCUUACUUAUAAAUCUGUAAAAUAAUGUUCAUCCGACAAAUUACUUACAAUAUUUAUUUAAUUUUUUGCAGGUUUCUAAAUUAUUUUGCAUUAUUUUUCGACAAUUGUACUUCAUAAUUUAUAUUUUUAUGGACAAUUUUUCGAUUUUUUUAAAUAUAUUUUCUUUUACUAUGUCUACACAAAAGUUUAUUUUAUUAUUAAUGGAAACAAAAUAUUUUAUUCUCCAUCAUAGAUUUUAACGACAGGUAUACAAUACAUUUCUAAUUAAUGAUAAUAUAAAAUCUGAAUUUUCUAAAACUAUGCAAUAUUUAUUCCAUAUUUUGAAUGAAAGUUCCUUCGUAAACAUACAAAGAAAAUAUGGACGUUGCAAUUAUACGUACACGGUACACACAAUAUCUGCCUCUUCAUACUGAAGUUACUUUGUUCCCUCUCGUCCAUCUCAAAUUGGUGUGCGAUCUUUUUUCCACGCCUGAUGAAUUCUCCCAAAGACGGUUGUUGACAUAGUAUAAAAUCCGUUACUUAUAAAAUCAUAUAAGAUUUAGUCCAUAUUUUGAAUUUUCUUAUGCCCGCACCCACCUAGUACUAACUUAAUUAAACUUAUCAAGUGAACAGAAAAAAAAUUAUCAAAGCUAAUUAGCAAGAUACCUAUCCCCUAAACCCUUUUACAAGGUCCAUGAUGCCAUUUAUUCUUAUUGGUAAAGAUUGUUAUUUUAAACUUUUUUUUUUAUACCCUUGGUGUGAUCGAAAGGCUUUCUAGGUCCAAGGAUUAAUCACCAAGAGGCCCUUAGAAAUCGGGGUUUUUUUGCUACUUAUUACUUAAGACGUCUAUGGGUGGCCAAAUGGAAUCGAACCCAGGACGGAAGCUCCUGCUGGAACUCAUUUACCACUAGACCAAGACCGCUUGGUUAAAAUAUUGAAAUUUGUUAUUUUAGACUUUAGUUUUAGAAUUUUAGCUAUUUUAUUUUAAAUAUUUUUGAAAGUCAUAUUGGUAUUGAAGAUUGUAGAAAUUGUAUGAAUUAUACAUUAAUAAUAAUUUUAGAUAAAAUAUAAGCUAAAUAUGAUGUAUUUAAUUACUACAAUACUUGAAACUAAUUUGCUAGUGAAUAUACAGUUCAAAAUUAUUAAUCAGUUAAAUAAUUUUGUGCUUUUUUUACAUCAACAAAUUUUGUCUAUGGAUUCAUCAAAAUAGAAUUUCAUUGUUUCAGAAAUCGAUACUGUAAUUGUCAGAAAAAAAACUUUAGAGCAUUCAUUGGUUUGGUUUUAUUAAAACCCAAGAACAUAAGUUAAAUGUAAUUAAUUUUCAUUUAAUUCAUGAUUCUUCGAGGUUAAUAAAAUACUAGUUAAGAUCUGCACUGCACAGAAAUAAGCAUUAUAUAUAUAUAUAUAUUAUUUAUUUUACAUAUUAUGAUAUAAAAAUAAUAAUAAAUAUAUAUAGGAUAAUUGAAAAAUCAAUAACUAUCAUAUAUAUAAUUAAAUUGGCGAGAACUAGGAGUGUUCAAUCUUGUAAAACUAAAACAAUUAAAAUCAAACCGAACUGAAAUAGAGAAAGUGGUUUGGAUAUGGUAAUACCAAAUAAACCGAAGUGAUGUUUUUUUAAGAAACGCGGUAUAUGGAUAUGGAUGUGUAUAUAAACCGAUUAAACCGAAUAAACCAAUUAAUUAAAUAUAUUAGUAUAACUAUAUGUAAAUUAUAUAAUAUAAUUAAUAAUUAUAUACAUAAUUUAUUUUAUUGAUACAAUCUUCAUACUUAAAAUGUUGAUUUUAGUAGUAUAAUAUUUUGUUUUAAGUUAAAAGUUAUUUUCAUUUUUAUCAAAUUUUUUUUUAAAAAAUGUAAUUUUUGCAUUUUCUUUAACAAAUAUGUGAGCCAUAUUUAAUUAAUUAAUAAUAUUCUGAAUUGAUGUUUUUUUAUUAUUUUGAUUCUAUAAAAACUAUUAUUAUUAUUAAUUCAAUAUGUUUACUAACUAAUUUAAAUAGUAAAAGAAAAAAUAAAAUAUUCUAUUUAAAUACAUGAAUAUUUUCAUGUUUUAUUAAAGCGGAUAUCUAAUCGUAUAAAGUAAAAUUCACAAAGUUUAUAAAAGAUAAAUAUAUUAAAUAUAUUUAUUGUUUUAUUAUAAAACCAAAUAAACCUAAAAUAGACGGUAUUUAAGUCGAACAAAACCAAAUUAGAUAGGGUUUUAAUAUGGUAGUGAUUUCUUAUAAACCGAAAUAACAAAAAACCGAGAAAACCUAACCAAUGUCGACCCGAAUUCCGGAUUGAACACCCCUAGCUAGAAAGCAUAACUCAAAAUAAUGACUCUUAUUUAUUUACAAUCAUUUUAUGCUUAGUAAAUCCAAACAUUAACUUUUAUCUAUUUUAUAUGGUAUACAAUUACAUUUAAAUGAUAUUAAUAUAUAUUAUAUUUUUACUAUGAGUAAUUGUUAAAUAAGGUUUUAUAAGCAUAUGGUUGUAUGAUGAUUUAUAUUUUUUAAAAAUUUUGUUACAAAAUUUUCAAUUUGGAAUUUUAUAGUUUUAGCAAUUUAUAAUCAUUUUAAAAAUCUGAAUGCAAAUUUCGAAUAAAAUAUUAAGUUCUCGGUAUUUUUCAAUGAAUAUUUGAAAUUAAGAUAUUUUGUUUUUUAUAUGGUAUAUUGUUUAGUUUAAACAAUAUUAAUACAUAUAUAUAUAUGUGUGUGUGUGUGUGUUUUAAUUUGAAAAUCUAUUAGAUGAGACUUUGUACUCGUAUAUUUUAUGAUCAUUUGUCUUUGGUUAUAACAAAAAACUAAACAACUAAUCAUAAAAAACUUAAUGUGAGAUUUUUAACUUUUUUGUAAUUUAUAACCCUUUUGAAUAAACUUAAAAUAUAACUUAUACGAAAAACUAAUAUUUAUUAUAUGAUUAAUGUGAUUGUUUAUUUUAUUUUAAUAAUAUAAAAAUAUAAAAACGAUAGAGGAUAUACAAUUUUUUAUCAAAUCUUUAUUAUUCAAAAUCAUUAAUUUCAUAUAUAUCUUAAUCACAUUAGGUAAUUACAUAGCUUCUAUUUAAGGAAAUAAGGAAGAAUGUUUUUUGUACAUCUAUUCUAUUAAAACAGCAGUGUGACCCAUUAAUAAAAGUAGAGUCCAACAACUAUUUCAUCUACCUUUACUUUUUUUAUAUGAUAACUGCAAUGCCCUUUUAAUUAACCACCACAUGAUGUCGUGUAAGUAGUUUUAAUUUUCGAAAAUAACCAGUACAUGUACAUUGCUAGACGCCUAAAAAUCAGGGGCCAAAAAUCUUAUAACUGCAUCAGCAGAUCUUAAUUAAUUAAAAAUUAAACAUCAUUUAUAUUAAUAUGCGAAUAUGUAGGGAACCUCUAUUUAUAUGUAACUUCCGUUUUUACAAGUUGUUUUCUACUAAUCAGGACCAUUUAAAAUCUAAUUUAAAUAACUUUACCACCAUUUAAAUUUGCCUACUAAUAUAUUUUCUGGACUUUAAAUUGCCUACUAACAUUACCUCCAAUUUCUCCAAUGAGAACGAUAUCUGAAACAACCAGCUGCCUUUUCUUAGUUUCCAUCAUUCAAGGACAAAUAAUUAAGUUACUAACUACACUUGGAAAAUAGAUGAAUUAAAGGAAUCAAAGCUUCUAAGACAGUAAUAUUUUGCAGUCAAGUGAUUAGUUAAACAUGUUGCCAUUCUACUAAUCGAUCUUUAUGGUUAAUCUACUUAGGGAAAAAUUAUCUUUACGGUUCAUACGUUUAACCCGAUACGAACAUAAACUAUGUCUUUUUCUACUAUGGAUGUAAAGGAUCAGAUCAAUUGUGAGAUUUUUUAAAAACAAAAUCCCUAUCCCGAAUUAAACUUUUACAGAAGAACAUAGAUUAAUCACACCAAAAGAUUACCUGAGAUCUUGACAGGAGCAAAGCCGAUUUAAACUUCUCUGGUUUCAAUUGAACAUAGUCACUCAGAUUUCUUCCAUAGUCUUCUACGGCUUUCCAAAAACCGACUGAGCUUUACUUUUUUAUUCAUCAUCCACCGACAAAAUAUAAACGUGAUUAAGACAGCAGAAGCUCACAAGGUUUUGUCGGGAUAAAAGAAUUUGGGCCAUGAACAUUUAAUUUAUGAAACCAUUAAAAUUGGGCCAUGGACUUUGAUUUACAUAACUCAUUUUUAAUUGCUAUACAAAUUAUUAUGUGUAGUAUUAUGUGUAAUAAUGAUGUAAUUAUAAUUGUUAUACAAAGUGUUUGCGUCAUACUUUGUUAUAUUUUUAAAAAAUAACUUUUUAAAAAUAAACUACCAUAUUUAUAAAAUAAUAAAUUCAAUAAAAUUAUCAAAAUACUUUACUAAUUAUAUUUUAUAAAACAUUACGCAAAUAUAAUUACAGAUAAAAACACGAUUAAAAAAAUACAUAUAUGAUACAAGGAAAUACACAAAUGCCUAUGAAACUUGAUUUAUUUAAUAUACUUACAAAAAUUAUCUAUUCUAUUAAAUUCAUAUUAUACAAAAAUAUGAUUAUACAAACACACAAACAUAUAAAUUAUACUAGGCAAAAAUUUCAAAAACAAAAAAUAUACCCGCCCUCUCAAGGGCGGGUCAAUAUCUAGUUAAUAUUUAAUUUUAUGGUUAGUUUAAUGAGAACUAUAAUAUAUGUUUAGAUGAUGAACCAACCUAUUUUCUAAAGAAUCUAAUAAUUAUUAUGAUGAUAACAUAUGUCAUAGCUUCAAUGAUAUAAUGUUUCUCAAAUAAUAUAUAAGUGAUUACUAGUUGCAAAGAAAAAAAAUCAAUAUAUGAAGUUGCUUGAAAUUAGAGUGAACUCAUCUUUUAGGUUUCUGGUUGAAGUAUGUAAAUGUUUUUUAACUGUUUUUGCUGUUUUGGUUUCAUCCCAUUUUUAUUAUUUGGGGGAGCAUUUUUAUUAAAUAACCUUACCCUGAUAUGUGAUUAACAAGAAUGUCGUCGCUUAUAUGUCAUCAUUAGAGUUCUCUCAUAACCUUUAUUAAAAACCCCUCUUUGCCUGAAUUAAUUACAUGUAAUGUCAUUGCUUGUUAAAACUAGAAAGAGAUAAUACUUUAUACAAUAAUCCCUUCGUAUAUAUAUGGAUUUACCUUUUUCUUACAUUUAUUAACUAAACGUGAAAUAACCAUUUUUGGUGUCUUAACCAAUGACAUAACCCGACAUAUUCAUAAUAAUUUUGGCUUUGUACCCCCUAUAUAUUAAAAGAGAAGCAUUGCAACAUUAGAAGCAUGACACAUGUCAUCAUGAGAAUGAUUUUCGAGAGUCCUUAGAAAAGUAAGUUGGUCCAUCUAAAUAUAAACUAUAGUUUUCAUUAAACUCAUCAUAAAAUCAUUUAUUAGUAUUAAAAGUUAUUUUUCAUUCUUUCCUUACAUAAAAGCUACAUAGUUACCUAAUGUUAUUAAAAUAUAUAUAUGCAAUUAAUGAUUUCCAAUAACAAAGAUUUGCUAACAAUUUGUAUACACUCAAUCAUUUUUGUUUAAAUCUUUGUUAUUAAAAUAAAUUACACAAUUGCAUUAACCAUAUAAUAAAAAAUUAGAUUUUUUCGUAUAUGUUGUAUUUUGAAUUUUUUAAAACGAGUAUAAAUUACUAAACUGUUAAAAGUCUCAAACAAAUUUUUAUUAUCAAUGGUUUAAAUUUUUUGUUAUAAUAAGAUAUAAAUAGGUAUAAACCACAUGAGUAAGAAGUCUUAUUUAAUAAGUGUUUAUAUUAAUAUAUAUAUAUAUAUAUACCAUUUAGUUAAACUACAUAUCAUAUAAAAUACAAACUACAGUAUAUAUUGAUAUUUACAUUUAGGCAUGGGCAAUUUCAGGUUUAGACUGUUCGGUUAGAGUAUUUCGGGUAUAGGAUAGUUCGGGGUAGGGGGUUAGAGGAUUCAUUUACUACUCUACAUAUUUUCGGUUCGGUUUGGUUCGGAUAGUUUCGAUUUCGGUUUGGUUCGGAUAGUAAAAUUAGGAACCGGAAAAUACCAAAAAAAAAUCGGUUCUCAUUUGGUUUCAGUUCCGGUUCGGGUAGUUCGGAUAGUUCGGGUAAAAUAUCGGUUAUUUAAGGUAAAAUAUUUAAAAAACAUUAGGAUGAUUUAGAUAAAAAAUUCAGAUAUUUCAGAUUACUUUGGAUAUUUCAGAUAAUACUAUCCGGACAGUUUCGGAUUUCAGAUAUUUUCGGGUAGUUCGGAUACUUUAUAAUAAUUUAGUUAUUUUCAAAUAUUUUUUGGUACUUUUAAUAGAUUUUUAAAUUAUAAAUAUAUAUUUAGCUAUGUUAUAUGUAUAUAUAAUUAAUAGUGUUAUAUAUCUGAGUACCCGUUUGGUUCUCGGUUUGUUUUCGGUUUGGUUGAAAUUUGCAUUCAAUUAAAAAUGAUUAUAAAUUACUAAAACUAUUAGACAUCUCAAAUUAAUUUUUUUAUUAAUGGUUAAAAAAUUUGUUAUAAGAUAACAAUAAUCAUAAAACCAUAUGAUUAAAAAUUUUCAUUUAAUAAACAGCUUCCUAAAAAAUAUAUUUUAUAUCUAUGUUUAUCAUUUAAAUUUAAUUAUAUAAUAUAGAAGGGAUAAAAUUGUUUUUUAUUUAUUUACCAUAAAAUGAUCGUUCAUAAAUAAGAGUGAUUGUUUGAUUUAUAUGUGCAAGUCAAUUUAAUUAUAUACGUAAUAUUAUUGAUUUUUUAAUAUUUCAAUAUAUAUUUCUUAUUUUAUUAUUUCAUAAUAUGUAGAAAACAUAAUAUAAAUAAUAAUAUAUAAAUAUAGUUUGUGUAUAAAAUAUUUAUUCCGCGUAAGCCGCGGAUCUUAACCUAGUGUAUUGUUCCACAGAAGUUAGAAUAAUGUAACUGGAUUUGUAUGUUGUGUUAUUUCAUGAAAAAACUCGAAUUGGAUUACACCGGAUGUUAAGAUGAAUCACGAUUGACACAAAUAAAUAUUUUCAAUUGUUUUGUUAUAUUCUAAAUCAAGCCCAUUUUUUAUUGAUUGGAAGAUCCGUAGUUUUUGAUGACUGCAACAUGAAUUGAAUUCUCUAACGUAUGUUCUUCCACUAUCAACUAC